AUUUGAAAGUUUUGAUCGGGUCGUCAGAGGCAGUGAUCAGCUUACUUCCUUUUGAUCCGAUCCCUUACGUUCCCUGUUUUGUUUUGAAGGAGAAAAUCAUUUAUAUCGCAGGAUGGUGCGGAUGAAUGUUUUGAGCGAUGCUCUCAAAUCUAUUAACAACGCUGAGAAACGAGGAAAGAGGCAAGUCCUCAUUCGACCUUGUUCCAAAGUCAUUAUCAAGUUUUUAACUGUUAUGAUGAAGAAAGGUUAUAUAGGAGAAUUUGAAAUUAUCGAUGAUCAUAGAUCUGGGAAAAUUGUUGUCCAACUUAAUGGCAGGUUAAACAAAUGUGGUGUCAUCUCACCAAGAUUUGAUGUACCUAUCACUCACAUAGAAAAGUGGACAAAUAACCUCCUACCCUCAAGACAGUUUGGGUAUGUAGUACUUACAACAAGUGGAGGCAUUAUGGACCACGAAGAAGCAAGGCGGAAACAUCUUGGGGGGAAAAUAUUAGGAUUUUUCUUUUAAUAAAAGUGGCGAGAUGUAAAAUAUACUUUUUUCCAUUUCGUUAAA